AUGGUGUGCAAAUACAUCCAAAAAGGAGGCGGGUUCUACAGCAGCCCGUUGGAGCCAAAAAGGAGGCGGGUUCUACAGCAGCCCGUUGGAGCCAAAAAGGAGGCGGGUUCUACAGCAGCCCGUUGGAGCCAAAAAGGAGGCGGGUUCUACAGCAGCCCGUUGGAGCCAAAAAGGAGGCGGGUUCUACAGCAGCCCGUUGGAGCCAAAAAGGAGUUUUUCAUCUGCAGGACGUUGCUAAUACAGCACACAUCAGCCUACACUGCAGCCUACACUGCAGCCUACACUGCAGACUACACUGCAGACUACACUGCAGACUACACAUCGGCCUACACUGCAGACUACACAUCAGCCUACACUGCAGACUACACAUCAGCCUACACUGCAGCCUACACUGCAGCCUACACUGCAGACUACACAUCAGCCUACACUGCAGCCUACACUGCAGACUACAUAUCAGCCUACACUGCAGACUACACAUCGGCCUACACUGCAGACUACGCAUCAGCCUACACUGCAGACUACACAUCAGCCUACACUGCAGACUACACAUCGGCCUACACUGCAGACUACGCAUCAGCCUACACUGCAGACUACACAUCAGCCUACACUGCAGCCUACACUGCAGCCUACACUGCAGCCUACACUGCAGACUACACAUCAGCCUACACUGCAGCCUACACUGCAGCCUACACUGCAGACUACACAUCAGCCUACACUGCAACCUACAUAUCAGCCUACACUGCAGACUACACAUCAGCCUUCACUGCAGACUACACAUCAGCCUACACUGCAGACUACACAUCGGCCUACACUGCAGACUACACAUCAGCCUACACUGCAGACUACACUGCAGACUACACUGCAGACUACACAUCGGCCUACACUGCAGACUACACAUUGGCCUACACUGCAGACUACACUGCAGACUACACAUCAGCCUACACUGCAGACUACACAUCAGCCUACACUGCAGACUACACAUCAGCCUACACUGCAGCCUACACUGCAGACUACACAUCAGCCUACACUGCAGACUACACAUCAGCCUACACUGCAGCCUACACUGCAGACUACACAUCAGACUACACAUCAGCCUACACUGCAGACUACACAUCAACCUACACUGCAGCCUACACUGCAGACUACACAUCAGCCUACACUGCAGACUACACAUCGGCCUACACUGCAGACUACACAUCAGCCUACACUGCAGACUACACAUCAGCCUACACUGCAGACUAUACAGCAACCUACACUGCAGCCUACACUGCAGACUGCACAUCAGUCUACACUGCAGACUACACAUCAGCCUACACUGCAGACUACACAUCAGCAAACACUGCAGACUACACAUCAGCCUACACUGCAGACUACACAUCAGCCUACACUGCAACCUACACUGCAGACUACACAUCGGCCUACACUGCAGACUACACAUCAGACUACACAUCAGCCUUCACUGCAGACUACACAUCAGCCUUCACUGCAGACUACACAUCAGCCUACACUGCAGACUACACAUCAGCCUACACUGCAGACUACACAUCAGCCUACACUGCAGACUACACAUCAGCCUACACUGCAGACUACACAUCAGCCUACACUGCAGACUACACAUCAGCCUACACUGCAGACUACACAUCAGCCUACACUGCAGACUACACAUCAGCCUACACUGCAGACUACACAUCAGCCUACACUGCAGACUACACAUCAGACUACACUGCAGACUACACAUCAGCCUACACUGCAGACUACACAUCAGACUACACUGCAGACUACACAUCAGACUACACUGCAGACUACACAUCAGCCUCCACUGCAGACUACACAUCCCAUAACAAUGUCCUUCACUCCUGGCGGGCCACCGUGUAUUUAAGACAAGAACGCCAGGUGUUUUCAAACAAUGCCACUUUCUUACUUUCGUUGAACAUCUAGUAGAUCCUGAAAGGUAACUAGCAUAGAGCUGGUCUUUCUGCAUUGUCUCCCUCGCUACCCAGAGGUCUAUAAACAUUGGAUUUAGUUCCCAGCACAGAGCCACUUCCGUAUCAACAGUAUUAGGCUAUGUCAUUACUCUGUAUGUGGCUAUGUCAUUACUCUGUACGUGGCUAUGUCAUUACUCUGUAUGUGGCUAUGUCAUUACUCUGUACGUGGCUAUGUCAUUACUCUGUACGUGGCUAUGUCAUUACUCUGUACGUGGCUAUGUCAUUACUCUGUACGUGGCUAUGUCAUUACUCUGUACGUGGCUAUGUCAUUACAUUGUAUCAACAGUAUGAGGCUAUGUCAUUACUCUGUACGUGGCUAUGUCAUUACUCUGUACGUGGCUAUGUCAUUACUCUGUACGUGGCUAUGCCAUUACUCUGUACGUGGCUAUGUCAUUACUCUGUACGUGGCUAUGUCAUUACAUUGUAUCAACAGUAGGUGGCUAUGUCAUUACUCUGUACGUGGCUAUGUCAUUACUCUGUACGUGGCUAUGCCAUUACUCGGUACGUGGCUAUGUCAUUACUCGGUACGUGGCUAUGUCAUUACUCUGUACGUGGCUAUGUCAUUACUCUGUACGUGGCUAUGUCAUUACUCCUACAGAUAACACUGCUACUCCUACUGCUCUCUCCUCGUCCGCCCACGUGUUCUCGCACACCCCGAGAGCUUCUGGUCAGCGGGGUGGUGGCACCGGGAUCCUCAUCUCUCCCAAGUGGUCUUUCUCUCUUUCUCCCCUUACCCAUCUGUCUAUUGCCUCCUUUGAAUUCCAUGCUGUCACAGUUACCAGCCCUUUCAAGCUUAACAUCCUUAUCAUUUAUCGCCCUCCAGGUUCCCUCGGAGAGUUCAUCAAUGAGCUUGAUGCCUUGAUAAGCUCCUUUCCUGAGGACGGCUCACCUCUCACAGUUCUGGGCGACUUUAACCUCCCCACGUCUACCUUUGACUCAUUCCUCUCUGCCUCC